AUGCGGCGCAGCGUGAGGAGGCGGCGGCGGCGGCCCCAGGCGGCCCCGGGGGCGGCGGCCCCGGGCGGCGGACCCCGGGCCAGAGGAGGUGACGGGCCGGCGGCGGAGCGGGAGGAGAAGGUGGUGUACUCGCGCUCGCAGCUGUCCCUGGCCGGCAGCACCAAGGCGUUGGGCGACGCCUUCAAGCUCUUCAUGCCCCGCAGCACCGAGUUCAUGAGCUCGGACGCCGAGCUCUGGAGCUUCCUCUGCAGCCUCAAGCACCAGUUCUCCCCGCAUAUCCUCCGCAGCAAGGACGUCUACGGCUACUCGUCCUGCCGGGCCCUGGUCCCGGACCCCCCGGGACCCCCGCCCGCCGCCCGCGGGGGGGAGCCGCCGCCGUCGCCGUUCCGCCGGCCGGCCCCCGGAGCGGCCGCCAGGAGGAGGCGCCGAGGAGCCGGAGCCGCAGCCGCCAGGAGAGUCAGGAAACAGCCGCCGCCGCUGCCCCACCAGCCCCAGCCCGCGCCCCUGCUCCCGCUGCCCCCGCCGCGUCCCGAGCCCUCGCCGCCGCCCCCCGGCCAGCCCGCGUCCCUGUGCUUGCCGCCGCCGCCGCCCCCCGCCGGCCGCUUCGGGGGCCGGACCCUGGAGGAGAUCUGGAGAGCCGCCACCCCGGUGCUGACCACCUUCCCCACCAUCCGCGUCGGCCACGACGUGUGGGGCGAGCGGAGCCUGGCGGCGGCGCGGCGCCGAGCCCAGAACGUCCUGCAAGUGAACCUGGAGCCCGUGGUGAGGCUCCGCCGCUUCCCCGUGACCGCGUCCUGAGAGCGGAUGGGGCAGCGACCCCGGUCCGGCUCCCCGCGUGCCGUCCGCGGCCAGCCCG